AUGACUUCUUGUCACGUUACUGAAGAUCCUAUAAAAAAGGUUGCUAUCUUUGGAGGAACUCAUGGGAAUGAGCUAACAGGAAUAUUUCUAGUUAAGCACUGGCUAGAGAAUGGCGCUGAGAUUCAGCGAACAGGGCUGGAGGUAAAGCCAUUUAUUACCAAUCCAAGGGCAGUGAAGAAGUGUACCAGAUAUAUUGACUGUGACCUGAAUCGAGUUUUUGACCUUGAAAAUCUUGGCAAAAAAAUGUCAGAGGAUUUGCCAUAUGAAGUGAGAAGGGCUCAAGAAAUAAAUCAUUUAUUUGGUCCAAAAGAUAGCGAAGAUUCCUAUGACAUUAUUUUUGACCUUCACAACACUACUUCUAACAUGGGGUGCACUCUUAUUCUUGAAGAUUCCAGGAAUGACUUUUUAAUUCAGAUGUUUCAUUAUAUUAAGACUUCUUUGGCCCCAUUACCCUGCUAUGUUUAUCUUAUUGAGCAUCCUUCCCUCAAAUAUGCAACCACUCGCUCUGUAGCCAAGUACCCUGUUGGUAUAGAAGUUGGUCCCCAGCCUCAAGGGGUUCUGAGAGCUGAUAUUUUGGAUCAAAUGAGAAAAAUGAUUAAACACGCUCUUGAUUUUAUAUGUAAUUUUAAUGAAGGAAAAGAGUUUCCUCCCUGCACUAUUGAAGUGUAUAAUAUAAUGGAGAAAGUUGAUUAUCCCAGGAAUGAAAGUGGAGAAAUUGCUGCUAUUAUCCACCCUACUCUGCAGGACCAAGACUGGAAACCAUUGCACCCUGGGGAUCCUGUGUUUUUAACUCUUGAUGGAGAGACUAUUCCACUGGGCGGAGACUGUACCGUGUACCCGGUGUUUGUAAACGAGGCCGCGUACUAUGAAAAGAAAGAAGCUUUCGCAAAGACAACUAAACUAACACUCAAUGCAAAAAGUAUUCGCUCCUCUUUACAUUAG